AUGCUCUCCCAUGAGAACGUCAUCUUGAGCAUACUCCAGCGGGCCAUGUUCGAGAGCACCUACAGGGGCGCAGGGCCGGAGAUGUGUCUCGGCGUGCUUCCUCAGAGCCAUGCCUUCGCUUUGAUCAUAACAUCCCGCAUGAGCGUCUACACUGGCGACGGCGUGGUGGCUCUCCAGCGUUUCGAUCUUCACGAGACGCUGCAAGUAAUCCAACGCUUCCGGCUGGGCCGUUUGUGGAUGGUACCUCCGAUGGUCGUCUCCAUGACCAAGGCUUCGGCGGUGGUCAAGCAGUACGACUUAAGCAGUUUCCAAGUCGCUGGGAUCGGGGCGUCGCCGCUAAGCAGGGAGAUCAUCAAGGCGUUCACCGGCCUCAUGCCCGGCUGUAUACUGAUUAAUCAGGGCUAUAGCCUCACCGAAGCCUGCGCAAUCGUCGCCUUUACUAGCGUAGAUGAUGAUCGAGGAGAACUGCCAGCCCAGCGAGCUCGUGGUUCGUUCCCCGUCCGUCAUGCUGGGCUACUUCAACAACAACGCGGCAACAAGGAGUUGGAUACUAUGCCACUGUUGCAAACAAGUGCUGGGCGAGCAGCAAUGUCGGAGUUGCAACCUCUAGAAGAGAUACGUCGGAAAGAAGAAUCGGAGGAAGAAGGAUAUCAUCAAGGAAAGGAAAUUACAUUGCAGAGGCCAGCUGCUCCACGCCGUCUAGCGAUUUUGGACUUUUUGCCGUCGCAGGUCAAGGCUUGGUUUUCCAACCGCGCUUCCAUAGGUGGGGCACAGGAACUAGGCGCCAGUGCGGCACAGCAACAAGGCGCCAAUAAUAAUGCGGCACAGCAGGCAUUUGAGCUGCCAGCUGUACCCUUCGCGCGGAUCCCUCUCCUUUCGCGGAAAACUAGCGUUCCUAAUAUGACGCGGGUAUUUAACAGUGUGCGCCCUCGACUCAAUCGGCUCCAUUUUCGCAAUCAAAAAAUCACCUUCACCAUGGCGAGUCGAACAGCCCCAUACAAUGAUGCAAUGCAGCUGGGUCAAGGAUUCAACUCAUUCACCCAGGAAAUCCUGGCCGAGGACGCUGUGUUUAUCGAGCGGCUGCGCGCUGAUGUUUCUUCGGCUUCACACCACUUCGAUCUGGCCUGGGAAAACGCACAGGUUGAUGGAAGUACCAGCGCUUCUGAGGAAAGCGGCGUGACCAUCGCAACGCCAACCUCUACGCAGUGGAACCGGCUGCAGACCAACCCAAGCAUCGCCACAGAUGAAGUUGGCCCCAGGCCAGUUACCGUUCGAGAUCGCAAAGCACCCAUAAAAGCAUUCGUUUCUCGCUUCGUUGAUAGUUUAAGCGAAGUGGUUUCAGAGAUGAAAAUCUCCAGUGCAGUCCCAAUACUCAACGCUGGUCAGCACAGCUCCGAUCUCGGCCUUCCCUUCGACGUUCGCCCAUUUCUGGAAGCGGAUCUCAACUAUUACCUUGGUAUCAGGGUGGCAACGCGUGAGGAUCGGCCUGCUUCUGCCUUCUCCAUCCCUCAAGCUCUCUUGGGCGUACCCAACUUUCACGAGAAGUUUGGGGACUGCUUCAUAUCAGGAUUCGUCGAGGGUGGGCAGCUCAGUGCGCUUGUAUCUGUCCAAGUGCCGAACAAGAAAAAGAGAGCCGAGGUCAUAGCCAGCCUCGACACCAUCCUGGGCCUCCGCCAGGGAAAAGUCCAACCGGCCACAGGCUCAGCCGAGUCCGUCUUGACGGACCACUCCAAGAUCACCGUGACGCUCCACACCGUCGGCGGUGGGACCAAUAUCGUCUUAGACGACACCCAACCAAUCCUCCUCCUUAAGUCUCUCCUCGACGUAGUAACCAAAUUUCCCACCCUCGCCGCCGACCAGCCGGAGCGGAUCUACGCCAUUCUCACGCGAUUCGACAGCGUCAGCAGCUUCCACACUCAAGGCAAUCAGAACCCGGUUUCCAUCCGCUACGAUCACUGCGCACUGUACGCCAACAUGCUGCUGGACGCAUUCGUAGAGUACAAGAACAUCGACCGGCAGCUCUCGGCGCGUAUGGCGGCGGUCAAGGCCGGUUCAAUGCGUUUCGAGCAAAAGGAAGAGUCCGCGAGUGCGCGGAGGUUCGCGAACUCCUGGACUGGCAUCACCAGGGCGAAACGGGAGUGCAUGCGGCAGAUGAUAAAAAUCCUAAAGGAGGUGGAGGUGGUGCGGGAAAAUCCGGACAUCGCUACGGACGACGAACGAGAGGAGCCUUUCGAAGACCCGCUGGUCUUUGGCGAGUACGUCCCGCGCGUGGAGCUGAUUCCUGACUUGAACUCGGAUGAAGAACAACAGGAAGUGUCUGUGCCACUGUGCGAUGAUGCAAGGGGCGUAUUGCAUCCAGCAGAGAAAACGAAGGUGAAGAAGCUGGAGGAGGAAAAUCCCGGCUUGGCAAAGCACACCCGGAUGGACGUUCCACAUGGCUCUUGGGAUACCGGGAGGCUUUUCUGCAGUUUGGACUACCUCAAGCCCGACUGGAUUCUCGCCGAGGUCAGCGUGAACGUAUGGCGAGGUGUCGUCUGUACUCUCACCCUCCGAUAUACCAACGGCCUGAUAACGACGUUUUGGAGACCCAACCCACAAGGGAAGCUGGUUCGCCUGCGGCUCAAUGUUGCGGCAGACGAGAAGAUUGUCGCGUGUUCUGUCGAAUCCGGGCGAUUAGUCCACUUCGACGCCGAUGCUGGAGUCCGCAUCACCGCUUUACGGCUUUCGACAAAUCGAGGAUCCACGCUCGUUGGACAACCGCCUGACUGGGCAGAACCCUCGCAGAAGUGGUCCAUCCGCGGCGGUACCUUGUUUGAGGAUUUGCAGAUGGUUCACUUCGACCCUAUCUUGGAGGGUGGGUGGCUGCAGGGCUUCUGGGGGCACGUUGAGCCGGGCAGAGGCUUAGGCCUUAGUCUCACGCGAAUUGCUCCCAUAUGGAGCAACGCAAAGCAACCUGUAUCCGCGAGCGUCGGAGCUUUUCAUGGCGCGGGGGAAUCUCUGGAUAGAGAGGUGAUCCCGAGCGGCGUAUGGGACACCUACGACGUCCACGACCACCGAUCCAUAAUGGCACGCACGCCAGCAAUUUUGCCAUACGAGAACCCAUUCCCGGACAGACCGAUGCCAGUGAUAUUAGCAGGCUUCCGCAAAAUGGACACGUGGGGCGGGGCGAAUAUGCGUUUCUCGGCCACCACGGACUUCGUAACCACCAAGGAAUUUAGCAUCGGCGUCGAUCAGUGGGUCAACUCCAUAUUCUAUGGCGGUGAGUUCUCAUGGGUCGGCGUACGCCCGGAUGCGCUCGGGAUCCAAGCGGGCGUCUUUGAGACACACGGCUCUGUUCAGAGAGCCGUGAGAUUCUCCAAGCCCUUCUCCAAACCUCCUCAGGUCUUGACAUGGAUAUCCGGACUGGACUUACACUUCGAAGCUGGUAAACGCGUCCACGUGUCCGCUACAAAUGUCGAUGAGAAUGGGUUUACAAUGGAUGUCGGGUGUUCGAAUGCGGCUCUGAUAUGGUCCGCUAUAUCCUGGAUCGCAAUCGACAGCAGCUCGCACUGCGCCAUCGGUUCCUAUCACAACAUGGGCGAGGGCACCACGAACGCUUCAUGGAAAGGUGAAUGUCAAUUUCCAAAGGGCAAAUUUUCGAGUCCGCCGAAGGUUCUUAUCGGUUUCAGCUCGUUCGACCUUGGCUUCGCCAACAGCAAUCCCCGAUUUGGGACCAGAGUUUUGGGUAUUACGAAGGAUUCUUUCGAUAUCAGUAUCUAUUCUUGGUAUGGGAGUACAAUCUCCUCUGGAACGGUGCAGUGGCUUGCUAUUCCAUCCGAGGAGUGA